CUCUGCCAGAAUGUAGUCUGAUGGGGAGAGGCUGACAAAGGGGGUUGAUGGUUGUGACACGGGUGCUGCAGGCGCUGAGGAAGCAAGAAGACCCUCUCAAAUCUAGUCAGGGAUGUCACAGAUGGCCUCUCUGAGGAAGCGAUGUUUUAAAUAAGUCAUAAAAGUUUAGCAGUGACUUGCCAAAGAGGAAAGAGAAGAGAAUUCCUGGUAGAGCAAACAAGUGUGAAGGCUCAGGUGAGGAAAUAUGGCGUAGUUGAGAAAUUGGAAAAAACGCAAUGGCAGGAGCCCACAAUGUGAGAGGAAGAGCUGUGAGAAAUGAGGCUAGCAGGGUGGGCAAGGGACAGAUUUGGUGGGUUUUGUAAGCCUUGUUAGGGUCUUUGCACCUUAAUAGCAGCAAAGGGAAUGCACUGAAGGAUUUUUAAGUGGGGGAAAAUGGCCUUUAGUAAGAUGACUUUGUCUGCCCUGUAGAUAAUGAAUUGGAGAUCAAGAUCAGAGAUUAGGGUACUGAUGAGAAGCAGCUGGAAAAAUCCAGGUAACAGUGUGGUGGCUCAGAAUAUGAUGAUGGCAGCACAGAUGGAGAGUGGGGGUUGGUUAAAAGAGAUAUAUAGGUGAUAGAAUGGAUAGGAUUUGGUGGUUGGUUGGAUUUAGAAAGAGAAGAAAGAGGAGUCAAAAAUAGCUCCUUAGUUUCUGGCUUGAGAAAAUGGGUGGAGGGUAGCACCAUUUAUUGAGACAGGAAACAUAGGAGCAGGUUUGAGAGGGAACAGGCUUUCAGUUUAAGGUGCCUACAAGAUAUUUUAAGAGGCUUUUAGAUAUAGGAGGUGUUGAAUCCAGGAAAAAAGUUUGAAUGUGAGAAUCAUAAAGGGCAGAAGUCUAACUCAUAUAUGAGGAAUUUUAACUAGGUCAAACACAAACAAAAAUUGAUUGAACCAAUGUAUGUCAGUGCCUAUGAUGAGCAAGGCUGUGGGAGACAAGAAUUUUAUUUUUAUUUAUUUUUUAUUUUUAAUUAAAAAAAUUUUUUUGGCUGUGCCACGGCAUGAAAGAAGCAAGAUUUUUAGAUAAGCAGCACCUGUCCUCACAGAGAGUAUAGUGUAGUCAUGGAGGUAGAUGUCUACUCAGUUAACUGCAAUGCAAGGCACAGUGUGAUAAACACUAGAGGAGAGCUGCAAGCAAGUAUUGGGGGACCUCAGAAAAGAAAAUGGUUUGGCAGUGGCUUUGUGGAGGAGUGAGCUUUGAGCUGGACCUUGAAGGGAGAAGGAGAUGAGGGAGAAAGGAGUUUUGGGCUUACGGAAUAACAAAGGUAGAGAAACCUGAAAGUACAUAUUAUACGUUCAGAAAUCUGUGGGAGGUUGGUGUGGCUGGAUCUUAAGAUUCUUGGGAUACUGUAGUUGCAGAUGAAACUGGGAAAACUUGGGGGCCAAAUGAGGGAGAUUUUGAGUGCCAUGUUAAAUGUGUGUAUUACAGGCAAACAAUUGCUGUGGCAGAGCUGAAAUGUGGAUUCGGUCAUCUGAGUACUAGUUACAUAUUCACACUUGCAUCCAUUGUCUGUCUAAGCACAGUUCAGCACAGUCCUAAUCAUCUUCAAGUACUCACAUGUCUAAGUAAAUAGAGUGUUCUUAUCCAUAUUCUCUUAUGUGACUCUCUUUUCAGCUGUGAAGACUAACAGCUGCAGAAUAACUUGGGGCCCUCUGAGUUUUCAUUAGAUUGAGUUACUUUAGAGUCAAGGAGUUUGUGGUACUGGACAUUGGUUUCCCCAACAGCUCUGCAGGGGAUAUGUCAGGCAAGACACUAUCUCCAUUCAAUAUGAGGCAAAGAGGUAUUAAGACAUUCCUGGAGGUCAUACAAUUGGAUUCAGCAUUUAUUAAAAAACCACACGAUGUGAACCAUCUUUCUUUUUCCCAUACAACUUAGUUUAGUUAGCAAAUACUUAUUAGUAUCUGCUUAUUAGUAUCUACUCACAAAGGACAGAGCACUUGAUGAGGGAUAAUGGCUGGUUGCAAAGAAAACAGAUGAUUCUUACUUCCUAGGAGCUUAGUUUGGGAUGGAAUUAGUGGUGUGCUGUAAACCAGCUCUCUAGAAGAAAAAAUACCCUGAUUUAUAAUGUUUGUCAAUUUCUGUGGUGUAUAUUCUCCCAGAAACUGAUUUCAACCUACCAACUUGAUGUCACUAAACUUGGAGUUGGGAAGAGAUGUGCACAGUUGGUUCUCAGGAGCUGGUAGAGCUGGCUCCAGCACACCACGGGGUGAAUCACACAUACUAAGAAAACCUACAAUAACAACAGCUCCAGCUAUCUGACUUCAUGUGAAAGAUGGCUAAUGCGGAAGUGAGUGUCCCAGUGGGGGAUGUGGUUGUGGUACCCACUGAAGGAAAUGAAGGGGAGAACGCUGAAGAUACCAAAACCCAAGUGAUCUUGCAGUUACAGCCUGUGCAACAAGGUUUGUUUAUCGAUGGACACUUUUACAACAGGAUUUAUGAAGCCGGAUCCGAGAACAACACGGCAGUUGUGGCAGUAGAAACUCACACUAUACACAAAAUUGAAGAAGGGAUUGAUGCCAGCACUAUAGAAGCAAAUGAGGAUAUGGAAAUUGCUUACCCUAUAACUUGUGGGGAGAGCAAAGCCAUUCUCCUUUGGAAGAAGUUUGUAUGCCCAGGAAUAAAUGUAAAGUGUGUCAAGUUCAAUGAUCAGUUGAUCAGCCCCAAGCAUUUUGUUCAUCUGGCUGGCAAGUCCACCCUGAAGGAUUGGAAGAGAGCUAUUCGUCUGGGUGGAAUCAUGCUCAGGAAAAUGAUGGACUCCGGACAGAUUGAUUUUUACCAACAUGACAAGGUUUGCUCCAAUACCUGCAGAAGCACCAAAUUUGAUCUUCUGAUCAGCAGUGCAAGAGCUCCAGUGCCAGGACAGCAGACAAGUGUGGUGCAGACACCCACUUCGGCCGAUGGUAGCAUUACACAGAUUGCCAUCUCAGAAGAGAGCAUGGAAGAGGCAGGGCUGGAAUGGAACUCGGCUCUCACUGCUGCUGUCACCAUGGCCACAGAGGAGGGCGUGAAGAAAGACUCAGAGGAAAUUUCAGAGGACACUUUGAUGUUCUGGAAAGGAAUAGCUGAUGUAGGACUGAUGGAAGAGGUUGUCUGCAAUAUACAGAAGGAAAUAGAGGAGCUACUCAGGGGAGUUCAGCAACGGCUUAUCCAGGCUCCCUUCCAGGUCACAGAUGCUGCUGUUCUCAACAAUGUAGCACAUACAUUUGGCCUAAUGGACACAGUCAAGAAGGUUUUGGACAACAGAAGGAACCAAGUAGAGCAGGGAGAAGAGCAGUUUCUCUAUACUCUGACAGACUUGGAACGCCAGUUGGAAGAGCAGAAGAAGCAAGCUCAGGAUCACAGGCUGAAAUCCCAGACGGUUCAAAAUGUGGUAUUGAUGCCUGUGAGCACUCCUAAGCCUCCCAAAAGGCCCCGGCUCCAGCGGCCAGCCUCUACCACCGUCCUGAGCCCUUCUCCUCCUGUCCAGCAGCCUCAGUUCACAGUCAUCUCACCCAUCACCAUCACCCCCGUGGGUCAGUCAUUUUCCAUGGGCAAUAUUCCAGUGGCCACCCUCAGCCAGGGCUCCAGUCCUGUGACUGUCCACACACUGCCUUCUGGCCCUCAGCUCUUCCGUUAUGCCACAGUGGUCUCAUCUGCCAAGAGCAGCUCACCAGACACAGUGACCAUCCACCCUUCAUCUAGCCUGGCGCUGCUAAGCUCCACCGCCAUGCAGGAUGGGAGUACCGUGGGCAACAUGACCACCAUGGUGAGCCCUGUGGAGUUGGUGGCCAUGGAGUCUGGCCUGACCUCAGCCAUCCAGGCUGUUGAAAGCACCUCAGAGGAUGGGCAGACCAUCAUUGAGAUUGACCCAGCCCCAGACCCAGAGGCUGAGGAUACUGAGGGCAAAGCAGUCAUUUUGGAGACAGAACUGAGGACUGAGGAGAAAGUCGUGGCUGAGAUGGAAGAACACCAGCAUCAAGUCCACAAUGUGGAGAUUGUGGUCUUAGAGGAUUAACUGGGGGUCUCCGGGCCAGGAGAUAUGUUUUGGUUUGGAAUUUUAAUUAUUUGUUUAUUUUUAUCAUUGUCCCACUCAUUUCCACAUAGGAUCCUUUUUUUUAAAAAAACAAAAUCUUGUUGUUGUAACUGAA